AUGUUCAAUUACCUCAAUCCAUUCCCAUCAUCAUCUUCAUCCACGACGACUGAAGUCACCGAACUUCUCAUCUAUCCCAUAAAGUCCUGUCGUGGUAUAUCACUUAAAUCAUCAUUCCUAACCACACAUGGCCUCGAUCUUGACCGAAACUGGAUGUUCGUUUCUGGCGAUGACCACAAGUUCAUUACCAUCCGAGACAUCUCUUCUAUGACCUUGAUUGAUACUGCUUUUGCCACAGCCAAGUCUCCCUCCGACUCUGGCAGUGAAGAUGCCGAAUAUCUUAUUAUAAGUAUCAGGAAUACAGACAAGAAGGUCAUGGUUCCCGCACGACCUACAGAGCAGUGGCUGAAAGAUAACACAAGCUUGACACAAGUGGAUAUUUGGGGUUGCAAUACAGAUGGAUAUGUAUACAAGGAUGAAAUAAACGGUAUAUUCACCGAAUUUUUCAAGAAAGAUGUCAAAUUGGCAUACAAGGGUCCUACACCGAGAAUCUUGACGGGUAAUGGGGCACCGGAGGUUUUAGGAAGAGAAGCGAGCACGAAUUUCCCAGACGUAUUACCAGUAUUGAUUGCAAAUGAAGCUUCGCUUCGAGAGUUGAACCAAAGACUGGUGAAGAAAGGAACGGAUGAAAUCACCAUCGAGAGGUUUCGACCAAACAUUAUUGUGAGGGGCAAUGACGAAGGAAACCAUGGAGAUACUGCUCCAGGUGCGUGGACAGAGGAUGAUUGGAAGAGGGUAAGAAUCGUCCACAGUCCCGAUUCAGGGCUUUUGUCUACAGCACUAGGCUCUAAUGCAGUGGAUAUCGAUAUCCAGGCUCGCUGUGCAAGAUGCCAGGUUCCAAAUGUGAACCCAGAGACCGCGGAGAAGCAUAAACAUGAGCCAUGGGAUACACUAGUAAGCUAUAGACGUAUAGAUGAAGGUAUCAAGUGGAAACCAUGUUUUGGAAUGUUGGGUGUGCCUAGAACCGACGGUCCUAUUGCGGUGGGGAUGAAGUUUGAGGUUUUGGAAACCACGGAUAACCACAAAUAUAUGAAGGGAUUCUAG